UGAGCGUGUUAUUAUCAGCUGAAUGUGUUUGCACUCCUCUGAGGCGCUGAGGGACUGAACACACCUGAAGAACCAAGGUCUCAGGAUCCCUUUCUAGGUUUGACAGUCUUCAACAUGGACACCAAGGGCCAGAGUGGCAACUCUAAACGGGCCUCCCUCAAACGCACCGCAUCUGGCUCACAGAAGGCACAAAGAGUUUGGAUUGAGAGGACCUUCGUUAAAAGAGAAUGUAUUCACAAAUUUCCCACCAAGGACCCGACCAGAUGUGCCUGUGGUCAGCUGACAACGCAGCACGUGGCCAUCCCUGCUGGUGCCAACUCUCUGGAGGAAGCGAACCAGCUGGUGCAGAUUGACACCCCAAAGGAUAAAUGGAGUGUGAUCAAGCACACCAGGACCUACCCAACAGACGCCUAUGGCUUAAUCGAGUUCCAGGGUGGAGGAUUCAUCAACAAGGCCAUGUAUAUAAGAGUCUCCUAUGACACCAAACCUGACAACCUGCUGCAUUUGAUGGUAAAGGACUGGCAGUUGGAACUGCCUACCUUGCUCAUCUCUGUCCACGGAGGUCUCCAGAACUUCGACCUGCAGCCCAAACUCAAGCAAGUGUUUGGCAAAGGCCUGAUCAAAGCUGCCGUCACCACCGGAGCUUGGAUCUUCACGGGCGGAGUCAACACGGGGGUGAUGCGUCAUGUGGGAGAUGCCUUAAAGGACCAUUCCUCCAAGUCAAGAGGGAAAGUGUGUGCUAUAGGAAUUGCUCCAUGGGGGAUCCUGGAGAACAAAGAGGAUCUCAUCGGAAAAGAUGUAAACAAGGCCUAUCAGACUAUGGCAAACCCACUGAGCAAGCUGGCUGUGCUCAACAACAGCCACUCCCACUUCAUCCUGACCGACAACGGCACCUGUGGGAAGUACGGCUCUGAGGUCAAACUCCGCCGGCUGCUGGAGAAGCACAUCUCUCUGCAGAAGAUCAACACUCGUUUGGGUCAGGGGGUUCCUCUAGUGUGUCUGAUAGUGGAGGGAGGCCCCAACGUGAUCUCCAUCGCACUGGAGAGUCUGAGAGACGAUCCUCCCAUCCCCGUGGUGGUGUGUGACGGCAGCGGCCGAGCUUCCGACAUCAUUUCCUUCGCACACAAGUUCUCAGAGGAAGGAGGCCAGGUUAAUGAUGAUGUCAGAGAGCAGCUUUUGGUAACUAUUCAGAAGACUUUCAAUUAUAGCAAAAGCCAGUCGCAGCAGAUCCUGCUUAUGGUUAUGGAGUGCAUGAAGAAAAGGGAACUGAUCACAGUUUUUCGAAUGGGUUCUGAGGGACAACAAGAUAUUGAAAUGGCCAUUCUUACUGCCCUGUUAAAAGGCACAAACGCAGCAGCAGCUGACCAGCUUAGUUUGGCUCUGGCCUGGAACAGAGUGGACAUUGCUCGCAAUCACAUAUUUGUUUACGGACACAAUUUACCACCUGCCGGUGCCAUGACCAGCAGUACAACCUCUGCAGCCCCGACUCAAGAGAAAAAGAGUCCUUCCACCGCUACUCAAAACAAAGGCCGGGGAAAGAAGGGAAAGGGGAAAGGAAAGGCAAAGCCCGAACCUCCAGAGGAAACAGACCCUAGGAAGUUGGAGUUGAUUCGUUGGGUGAACUCUCUGGAGCAGGCUAUGAUGGAUGCUCUGGUGCUUGACCGAGUGGACUUUGUCAAACUGCUCCUUGAGAAUGGGGUCAAUAUCCACCACUUCCUCACCAUUCCCAGACUGGAGGAGUUAUACAACACGAAACUUGGCCCCGCUAAUUCACUGAAUGCUGUGGUCAGGGAUGUCAAAAAGGGAAACCUUCCACCAGAUUAUCAGAUCACUGUGAUUGAUAUUGGUCUGGUGCUGGAGUGCUUCAUGGGAGGAGCUUACAGGAGCAAUUACACCAGGAAGGCUUUCCGCAACCUCUACAAUAAUUUGUAUGGACUAAAAAGGCCGAAGGCUCUGAAGCUUCUUGGAAUGGAGGAUGAUGAACCACGGUCAAAAGGCAAGAAAAAGGGCAAAAAGAAGAAAGAGGAAGAGGUGGAAAUUGAUGUGGAUGACCCUGAGGUCUGUCGAUUCAAGUUCCCCUUCCAUGAGCUGAUGCUGUGGGCGGUGCUGAUGAAGCGUCAGAAGAUGGCACUGUUUCUUUGGCAGCGUGGAGAGGAAGCCAUGGCGAAAGCCCUGGUGGCCUGUAAACUGUAUAAAGCCAUGGCCCAUGAGUGCUCCGAGAGCGAAUUGGUAGAUGACAUCUCCCAAGACCUGGAGAACAACUCCAAAGAAUUUGGCCAGCUUGCCUACGAGCUGUUGGACCAGUCGUACAAGCAUGACGAACAGGUAGCCAUGAAACUCCUAACAUAUGAGCUGGUCAACUGGAGUAACUCCACCUGUCUGAAGCUGGCAGUGGCUGCUAAGCAACGUGACUUCAUUGCCCACACCUGCAGCCAGAUGUUGCUCACCGACAUGUGGAUGGGCUGCUUAAGGAUCGGCAAGAAUCCCGGCCUCAAGGUUAUUCUGGGAAUCGUCUUUCCUCCUCUGAUUCUACUGUUGGAUUUCCGUCUCGGGAAUGAAGCAUCUACAGACAAAGAACAAGGAAAAGACAAAGAUGAUGACACAAAAUCCAGCAAGGACCCUAAUAAUGAUGCAACUUCCCAGAAGGGGGAUGAAGAGGAGGGCAGUACUAAUGUCCACAAAAUCCCCAUUGCCAAAAGGUUCUUUGAGUUUUAUAACGCGCCAUUCACCAAAUUCUGGUUCAACACUAUUUGCUAUAUGGGAUAUUUGAUGUUGUACAACUACAUAAUCCUGGUAAAAAUGGAGCGAUGGCCAUCUUUACAAGAGUGGACGGUCAUUGCAUACAUCCUCACACUUGGAUCAGAAAAAAUCAGACAGAUCCUGAUGUCAGAGCCGGGGAAGCUGAAGCAGAAGAUAAGUGUGUGGCUGGAGGAGUACUGGAACAUCACAGACCUGGCUGCCAUUUGCACCUUCCUUUUUGGGCUAAUGCUACGGCUGCAGCAUGAACCUUACUUGGGCUACGGCAGAGUCAUCUACUGCAUAGACAUCAUCUUCUGGUACAUUCGCGUAUUGGACAUCUUUGGAGUCAACAAAUACCUGGGACCCUAUGUGAUGAUGAUAGGGAAGAUGAUGAUAGAUAUGAUGUACUUUGUGGUGAUCAUGCUGGUGGUGCUUAUGAGCUUCGGGGUGGCUCGGCAAGCCAUCCUUCACCCUGAUGAGGAGCCAACGUGGCGCCUGGCCAGAAACAUUUUCUACAUGCCCUACUGGAUGAUCUACGGAGAGGUUUUUGCGGAUUCGAUAGACCUCUAUGCGAUGGAAAUCAACCCUCCAUGUGGUGAACAUUUAUAUGACGAGGAUGGGAAGAAACUGCCUCCAUGCAUCCCUGGUGCCUGGCUCACACCUGCCAUCAUGGCCUGUUACCUUCUCGUGGCAAACAUUCUUCUGGUUAACCUGCUCAUUGCCGUGUUCAACAACACUUUCUGUGAAAUCAAGUCAAUUUCCAACCAGGUGUGGAAGUUCCAGAGAUAUCAGCUGAUCAUGACGUUUCAUGACCGUCCCAUCCUGCCGCCACCUCUCAUCAUCUUCAGCCACCUCUACAUCCUCUUCAACAGGCUGUUUCGGCGGUGUGCCAAAAAGAAACAAGAGGGAGAGCUGGAUGAGAAGGACCGCGGACUCAAGCUCAGGCUGAAUCCAGAGGAGCUAAAAUGUCUGUAUGAGUUUGAAGAGCAGUGUGUGGAGGAAUAUUUCCGUGAGAAAGAGGACGAACAGCAGUCCUCCAGUGGCGAACGCAUCAAAGUUACCUCAGAAAGAGUUGAGAAUAUGUCCAUGCGUCUGGAGGAGGUAAAUGAGAGGGAGAACACUAUGAAGGCCUCCCUGCAGACAGUGGAUCUGCGCUUGGCACAGCUGGAAGAGAUUCACGGACGGAUGGCAGUUGCUCUGGAAAAGCUUGCAGGGGUGGACAGGCUGGAGCUGACCAGAACCUAUUCACGAAACUCCUCCGCCGGUGACCCCUCUUCCUUACUGCGCCAGGGCAGUAUCAACAGUGCCGAUGGUUACAGUCUGUACCGCUUCCACAUGGACAUGGAGGAGUUUGCAUCGAAACAGAAGGACACGGACGAGACAACUAAAACUGCCGUAGAAAGACAGAAGAGUCUGCGACAAGCCUCCAGUAUUUGUACUCUCAACCCAAAGGAAGGUGGUCAGACCUUAGAGGUUGGUGGUGUGGAGAGAUCACGACCAAGUUCAUGUGUGGACAUUCUCAUAUCUCCGUGUGAACAAAAGCCUGUCUCUGCAGCGUCGAGUCAAGAGACCUUAUCCAACCUAAAACAUGGCAGCACAGUGCUGCUAGAUAGACUAAAGCCUUGUUCUCCACCAAAAAGAACUAAAUCCUUGAGAUACUAUCCGGUCGAAAACCAACCCACUUCUCCUUUGACAAAGAGGAGGGCUAUGAGCACCAUCAUUGUCAGCCCGCCUGAUGAACUCGAGGAAGUAGAUGAGCCUACAAAGAAGAGCCAACUGCCAUCUGCAACCUCCUCCUCCCCAAAGAGGACUAAAUCAUUGAGAUAUAUACCUUCUGAAAUCCAAAGCCAGACUUCCCCUAUCACAAAGAAGAGAGCUAUGAGCAGCAUCAUCUACAACCCAUCCGAGGCAGGUGACGAUGUGCAAACUGCAGACUACAAGUCAGUACUGGAACAGAUCACUAAUACACCAAAUCAGUGGCCGGCAAAGUUGGAGUACCAGGUGCACCCGAGCACUAUUGGUCACAUGCCUAAAGUGUCAACAGUCAGAGCUCUCUCCCAGCAGUUUGAAGCUAGCACUGCACCUACAGAGCUUAAAAAAGAUGAGAAUCAGAUGGAUCAUAUUCCUUUAGAAAGCGAGGGAGCUGGUCCAGCAGAGGAGCCCGCAGCUAACCAAACCAAGAUGAAGGCCAAGCGGAAUCUCUCAGACACUACCGGGUAUCUGACUGUAGCUGAUGAAAAGUAUUUCCCGUCUCAAAGAUCGCAGAGCUUUAAUGCCAGCGAGAGGAAAGAAAAGGUUGUUAGCCAUGAGCCCAGAGCCUCAAGCAGCGAGAGAGACCUGGUUGAAGCCUGCAGGGGAGCAGGGGAUGAAGCAGGGAAGAAGAUGGAGGUGGAGAAGAAAGAGGAUGAUCCACAGGAAAAUAAAUAAGAGCUACAAGGAGAACGGGGAUGAAACAGGAUGAAGAAAAAUAUAGAGAAAGGAGGAAUUGCAUGCUACCAGAGAUGCAGAGAACAAGCCUGCCUUUCGACUUUAGUUAAUGAUUUUACAUUAUUGAUAAAAAAAUAGAAUUACAGUAAUGAAAAAUCAUUACCAAAUUGACAUGCAUUGAGUCAUGCAUUUAAUGUUAGUUGGCUGUACAGAGUAGUGAAAAUUCAACAUAACUCUCUCUUUUAAAGAUCCGAUUUCUUUACUGUCUUUCAUUGGUUUAACAUACAGUUACUCAUAAUCAUUCACAUUACAGCUUUCCUCAGUCAUUGUGUUUUCAUGUUUGAUGUCUUCAUUUUAGGGUGAAAAUACAGUAUACACACAUCAUUUAGUUGUGUCAAAAUUAUGACACUAUGUUAACAUCAAAAACAUGAAUUUAGAUAUGAUUCACACUUUC